CCUAAAACGCUGCGGUUGGAAACCCCACAUAUAAAAACCUCUUACGAUACACGCAGCUUUCUCACUCUCCACAGGGUUUUCUCUGUCAGAGAGGAGAAAAUUAUUCUCCAAAUUUUUUAUGAUAGAAGGGAUAAACCCUAAUCACAAUCACACCAUAAACUAGUACUCUAUUAUUAGUUUUUUCCCUUGAAGAAAAUGGCGAUUGUUUCAUCACCUAAGACAGCUGUUCCGGCUGUAUUGUUGAACGGAACUGGACUGUUCGAGAAUGCUUCUCUGUAUGUUGGUGAUCUUGAAGGGAACGUGAACGAGGCACAGCUUUAUGAAUUGUUCAAUCAGAUAGGUCAGGUUGUUUCAAUCAGGGUUUGUAGGGAUCAGACGAUGCGGUUGUCUCUUGGCUAUGCUUAUGUCAAUUUCUCCAAUGCUCGUGAUGCUGCUAAUGCGAUAGAACAUUUGAAUUACACUCCUUUGAAUGGGAAGCCAAUUCGUAUCAUGUUUUCUCAUCGAGAUCCUAGUAUCAGGAAAACUGGAUUUGCAAAUGUGUUCGUUAAGAAUCUUGACACGUCAAUAGAUAACAAGGUGUUGCAUGAUACUUUUGCUACAUUUGGAACCGUACUUUCUUGCAAGGUGGCACUUGAUAGCAAUGGUAAAUCUUUGGGAUAUGGUUUUGUACAAUAUGACAAUCACGAGUCUGCAAAGUGUGCCAUUGAAAAAUUGGAUGGUAUGCUGAUAAAAGAUAAGAAAGCUUUUGUAGGGUAUUUUAUUCGGCGUCAAGAAAGGUCGGAAAAUGGAUCACCUAAGUUCACUAAUGUGUAUGUGAAAAACCUUUUAGAAACAGAUACCGAUGAGGAUCUUAAAAAGCUUUUCAGCACAUAUGGUGUAAUAACAAGUGCUGUGAUCAUGAAAGAUGAGAAUGGAAACUCCAAAUGUUUUGGUUUUGUGAAUUUUCAAAGCCCUGAUUCAGCAGCUGCUGCAGUUGAGAAGUUGAAUGGCACUACAACCAACGAUGGGAAGGUUUUAUAUGUAGGAAGGGCUCAAAGGAAAUGUGAAAGGGAGGCAGAGUUGAGAGCUAAGUUUGAACAAGAAAAGAUAAAAAGAUAUGAAAAAUUACAAGGUGCCAAUUUAUACCUGAAAAACCUUGAUGAGAGUAUUAACGAUGAGAAACUGAAGGAGAUGUUUUCUGAGUUUGGAACAAUAACUUCUUGCAAGGUAAUGUUUGAUGCUCAUGGCCAUAGCAAGGGCUUCGGUUUUGUUGCAUUUUCCACAUCAGAGGAAGCGAGUAAAGCUAUCAAUGGAAUGAGUGGAAAGAUAAUUGGACAGAAGCCGUUGUACGUUGUUGUGGCUCAACGCAAAGAAGAUAGGAAAACUCGUUUGCAGGCUCAAUUUUCUCAAAUCAAUGUUUCGGGUGGAAUCACAUCUUUUCCUGCAAGAAUUGCUGGAUAUCAUCAAAGUACUCCAAGACUUGCUCCUCAACAAUUGUAUUAUGGUCAAGGUACACCUCGUCUCAUGCUGCCUCAACCAGCUGGAUACGGAUACCAGCAACAAUUCAUACCCGGUAUGCAAUCUGGAGUUGCUCCAAAUUACAUCAUGCCAUACCACCCUCAGAGGCACGGUCAUACCGGACAUAGGAUGCCUCCAGUUGGUAACUUCCAACAAGUGCAGCAGAACCAGGUGCUACCUCGCAACUCGGACCAAGGGUUUAGAUAUAAUGGUCGAAAUAGUGUGGAUCCAUCUGCUGUUUCUGAAGGUCAAAUGAUAGAUCCAUCCAUACAAAAUCAUGGUGCCUUGUCUAAUAAUUCACUUCCCUCAACUUUGGCUUCUGUUACUCUGGAAAAUCAAAACCGGAUGUUGGGUGAACAAUUAUAUCCUCUUGUGGGUUGUCUUACACCAAACAAUCAGACAGCCAAGGUGACAGGAAUGUUGUUGGAAUUGGACAAGUCAGAGGUUAUCCAUCUGAUUAAGUCACCUGAAGAAUUGAAGAUGAAAGUGUCCGAGGCAAUGGAAGCCCUUCGUUUUGUUUCAUCGGGUCCUGCCUGCAGAUCAUGAUCAGCUUGGCUCCUAAUCAUUGUUUAUGGAGCCUUAACUUUAGAUUGAUCAGGAUUUUUUUCCCCUUUCUGUUAGGAUUUUGACUUGUUAGCCAAUAGAGAGGGGUAUUGAGAAUUUUUAUGUGUUUGAUAAAUUUAUUUCAUUUUGGGUUGGUUUACGUUCAUGAUUUUGAAACGGUAUUUUUGUCGACAAUCCUUCGUUUUGUUUAGAUAUAUUAUUUGGAUUGGGAUUUUUGUUGGCAUUCCUUCCGUUGAUUGUAAUUAUUUUUGCUUUCUGAAGGUCCAUUUGAUCUAUUUUGGGUAAUUCAACCCAAGUUCAUUUGCUUCCAAAAUGUGUGAGGUAAAUGCACACUAUUGUU